AUGGUCACUACCGUCAGUGUCCUAUGCAUCUCUCAGAACUUGGCUGGCGAGAUUCGACAUUGCGAGUACCUGUCGACCUUACCUCCUGGAAGGCAUCCUAUGACCUGCCGUCGGCCACGGGACAAGGACGACAUCUGCAUGGCUUUCGUAACCUCGCGUGCCAUGGUGAGGGACGACUCGAAGAUUGAACGCGUUCCGGAGGACACCGAGAAUACCUCGCAGCAUGCCACUCUCCAUACGGGGGGGAUGGUCGCAGGCAGUCCAAGGCCAUUUGCUUCGUAUCUUCGGGACCUGCCUGUCACUGCAAGGACGUUUUGCUCUCGACACGCAAGACUCGGCGACGACGCCGACCUUGCUUCGCCGUCAUCUAAUGUCCAGCUGGUGACGGAAGGAGCUGAGGUAAAUGACUAA